AUGGUGCUGCCACCGAUUUCAAAGACUGGUAUGCCACCUUUGGCACAACCACACCAUACGCUCAAUCUCAUCAACUUCUGCCAUCCCGGCUACAGCUAUCCUGCCAAUGUUCUCUUUAAGCUGUACGCGAUCGAGCUUGCGGAUGAGCCUGCGACCGACGAGCCCGCGACCGACGAGCCCGCGACCGACGAGCCCGCGACCGACGAGCCCGCGACCGACGAGCCCGCGACCGACGAGACCAAUCGACUGGGCGUCCACCAUGAGACAGCUCGCAUCGCGUGUGCGAUACUCGCGAACAAUACGUGGGAUGGUUACCUCACGGCCAACACACCAGAUGGGCCAGCCGUGCCUCUAGAUGACCCUGAUCGGGUCCUCACUGCCGACCAUUACUAUUUCCAUCACCCGUCAGACCCGAAGUAUCCCGUAGUUGCGGACUUUGAGUCUUGGAAGUUCCCUACGUCCACGCCUGGCCAACUGCCGUCUUACUGGCGCUCACUUGCCAUCCCUCCGCCGCAAAUACCUCAAACCACACCUACUCGUUGCUGCGCAGUCACAGGUCGGCAUAUACCGCUCGAGUAUGCACAUCUCAUUCCAGUUUCGCAGAUAGCAUGGUUUGAAAGAAACCAUAUGAAGGUCUUUCAGAAGCGGAUGGGCCAGGACAAUAUCAACUGGAUCAACCAGACAUGUAAUAAGCUGUCGCUGGCCAGAGAUAUUCAUUACCUGGCGGACCAGGAGCAUCUCGUCUUUGUGCCACGUAUUCACCGAGGCAAAGGCGACGGAAUUGCCACCUACUCGAAUGGUAGGCGGGAGGCUGAAGCAGUCGCGCUCGUCUGCUACACACUCAAACCCGAUGCCUAUUACGAGCUCAUUCAUCUAUACCACCUUCACUCUCUCGAGCCCCUCGAGGAUAUACCAGCAGAGUAUAUCUUUGCCAACUUCGCCCAUGCUAUUUUUCGCAUCUGCGAGUUCUUCGACAACGAUGGUGAACAGCGGAAGUGUGUCCAGCUUGAGCAAGAGGUGGGCCAGAAGCCACAAUACAAAAUCAGGGACAACCCAGAGCGCAAAGACUCGGGGACGCUGAGCAGGAGCCCGACUAAGCGCCGGGGGACAAAUUACAGCUCACCUGAGAAGCGCGCCCGGAGCAACAACGAGGACGGCUCAGAUGGCGAGGACGCCCCGGUCGGCUGCUCGUUCUCAAGCGGGACAACCAAUAGCGAGGGCAGCCAUGGGUACGAAGACGAAGCGCCGCGCGGUCGCACACUCAAGCGGCGACGAACGCCACAGCCUAACCGAUCGCCAUCUUGGUCUCAUUUGAGCUACUAUGACGUACCUAGCUGGUACGUCACUGAGCAGCGUUUCCCCGUAAUUGUGGACGACCAUGUACAAGAUACCGUGGCGGGCCAGCACAUCUCGGAUCUUCAGGAAACGCUGCAUUCGCCGUCACGAAAACGGCCCAGGACGUCUGUUUAG